UUUUUGCAAUUCGACCCUUACAUUCCGGAUUUCUCUCAAAAGAUGUAUCAUAGUUUCUUCCGUACAUAACUACUUUCCGGGAAAAUUAAAAUCAUAAUUAUCCGAAACCUUUGAGGGAGAGAAUGGGAAGCAGCGACGAGAUGCCAGUGGUUCUCAAGGGAUGCUCUAAAGGAGGAAUCGGACACGCGCUGGCUCGUGAGUUCUCAGCGAAUGGUUGUCGAGUGGUGGCGACGAGUCGAUCGCAGAGCACGAUGGUUGAUUUGGAGAAAGAUACCAAGUUCUUUGUACAAGAGCUCGAUGUUCAGUCGGAACAGAGCGUGAGUAAAGUUGUGUCGGAAGUUAUCGACAAGUAUGGUCAGAUCGAUGUUCUGGUCAAUAACGCCGGAGUUCAAUGUAUCGGACCACUUGCAGAGAUUCCAAUUCAGGCGAUGGAAAACACCUUCAACACAAAUGUGUUCGGUUCAAUAAGGAUGACUCAAGCUGUUGUACCUCACAUGGCGUCUAAAAGAAAGGGAAAGAUUGUGAACAUAGGAAGUAUCAGCAUCCUGGCACCAGGACCAUGGUCAGGGGUUUAUACUGCAUCUAAAGCUGCUCUUCAUGCUCUUACCGAUACAUUAAGGUUGGAGCUUAGGCCAUUUGGGAUUGAUGUAAUCAACAUUGUCCCAGGAGGUAUUCAAUCAAACAUAGCCGACUCAGCGAUAACGAGCUUCAACAACUUACCUGAGCUGAAACUAUACAAACCCUUCCAGGAAUCUAUCCGUCAAAGGGCGUUUUUAUCGCAAAACAUAAAACCAACACCUGCGGAGACAUUUGCUAAAGAGACUGUACCACCGUCAUGGCGAUCAUGCACCAUAUGCCCAUUUUCGUCAAAGAUUUUCUCCUGACGAGGAGCUUUAUGAAAAUGGGAGCAAAGACUGAGUAGUAGUAGUAGUCACCGUUUUUUUUAAAAAGAAACUGGUGUAAUGUAUUUAACAAGUAAAAAUUGUCGCAUAACCCAUGUUUAUAAAUUUGAAAGUAAUAGUAAUCGGCCCAUAGCCCAAACAUAGGCCUGAUUUAAGAUUCCAUAAGCCCAUGUGUGGUUAUC